CUUGUGUGCCGAUGCAGAGUGAAGUUCUCCUUUUGCAGCGUGAGAGACAAACCAAAGUAUGUCCUAACACUCCAGCUUCAACACAUGAGCUCCAAAAGCACCGCAGAGCACAGAGGAAACAACCUGCACCCGACAACAUGCACUGAAGAAAAGGAAAUAACAGCAGCACGGUCAAAAUCUCUGACAUGUGCAGCGGCUCCACAAAGCCAGUUUCACAGUAACCGAGUUAAGGUGUCACGCAUCCAGCUGCCACACAGACAGUCCAACAGUCAGUGAGCCUGACGGUCACAAAGAGCUCGAGCCGGUCUGAAUGUGAGGUGACACAGCAAGUGGGAAGAGAUGAGGAGAGUUCGGAGAAAAGUUGGGAACAAAGAUAAGGUGUUUGGAUGUGAUCUGCUGGAGCACCUGACAGCCACCUCUCAAGAGAUUCCUCUGGUCUUACAAUGCUGCAGUGAGUUCGUUGAGCAUCAUGGGAUCGUGGAUGGGAUCUACAGGUUGUCCGGAGUAUCGUCCAACAUACAGAAACUGAGGGGUGAGUUCGAGAGCGACAAUAAUCCGGAUAUGAACAAAGAUUUGUACCUGCAGGACAUCCACUGUGUCAGCUCUCUGUGUAAAGCGUAUUUCAGAGAGCUGCCAAACCCUCUGCUCACAUAUCAGCUCUACGACAAGUUUGCUGAGGCCGUGGCCAUCCAGCUGGAGGAGGAAAGGCUGGUGAAGAUCAGAGAUGUGCUGAAAGAACUGCCAGCACUCCAUUACAGGACUCUGGAGUUUUUGAUGUGUCAUCUUGUCAAAAUGGCCUCGUUCUCCGCCGAGACCAACAUGCACGCCAGGAACCUGGCUAUCGUCUGGGCUCCUAAUCUGCUCAGGUCAAAGGACAUUGAGGCAACAGGGUUUAACGGCACGGCUGCCUUCAUGGAGGUCAGGGUCCAGUCCAUCGUGGUGGAGUUCAUCCUCACACACGUCCCUCAGCUGUUUCCUCAACAAGGUGUAUCAUCUGAAAGAAGAAAUUCUCUCCCUUCCCCGUCAGCGAUGACCAAUCAGGAGGAGGUGCCUUUAAAGUGCGUUCCCACUCACAUUACCGCCAACUUUGGAAACAUCAGCCCAGGAGACGGUCCGCUCCCUAUACGACCGUACCACGCUAUAAUAGAAGGCACUGACAAGAGGAAAGGAUCUCUCAAAGGAAAGAAGUGGAUGUCCAUCUUUAACAUCGGAGGACGAUUCCCCGACCCGAGGCGAAGGCACAAACAAUCAUCUAAAGAGAAAGAAAGACCUGUUUUAAGACCAGCGAGAAGCAUGGAUUCCCUCAGCUCCCCGUCCUUCCCAGAAGGAGCCAGACGUCCUGGCCAGCGCCCUCCUUCCACCAACAUGUCUCCCCUCGUCACCACGGCCGCACAGUCUGGCUCAGAUAUUGCGGUAUCUACUAACGCUGGUGCGACGGGUGGCAGCGAAUAUGCUGUGACGUACCGCAGGGGCACAGGACUAGUAAGCGGGGGUGCGGGGACCCAGGGCACCUAUACUGCACUUGACCCUGACAGUUUAUCGCUCAUAAACUGCGACACUGUCAGUUCCAGAUCUCCGGGACUCACUUCUAAAACAGGCAAAAGAGCAGCUAUGCACAUCACAGGGCCUACCAUUGUUACAGUGCCCCUCCAUAUCACCUCUAACCUGGCGUUAGGUGUUCUGCAAGGAGGUGGAGGCGGAGGCGCCAGGGUCGUCCUCCGUGGUAGGGAUAAGGACGGAGGACACAGAGGGGAUGGUAAAGAGGGAAGAGAGAAGGUGGAGAGGCAGGAAAGCGGAAGAACAGAAAGGAAGGUCGUAGAGGUUAGGAAAGUUGUCGAAGAGGACAAAAAUCACAAGGGGGAAGAAAAAGACAGGGAGGGAGUCGUGGAUGGAGUAGGGGAUACUGUGGCAAAUGUUGCCGGCGAGGAAAAGGGUGGAGAGAAAAAGGAGGAGGCGGAGGAAGAGGAAGAGGUGGAGGAGGCGGAGGAGGAGAAGGAGGAGGAGGAGGAGAAGGAGGAGGAAGAGGAGGAGGAGGAGGAGGAGGAGGAGGAAGAAGAGAAGGAAGAAGAGGUGAGAGAACAAUGGAAACCGAAGCCGGUGCCAGUUGGACAAAGUACUUCCAGAGAGCAACAAGUCAAAAGCCGAAUGUCCAGUGUGGAGGGAGAUAAUGAUGAAGAUGCUGCGGAUGAGGACAUCAAUGGUGAUGAUAACAGUGAAUACAUGGUGAUGAAAGGGGUGAGGUCGUCUGAUAUUCAGUCACAGGAGACGCACGUUGAGGAUGAGAGUCCGUAUGAAGGUUGUGAUGUCCUCAACUCUACAGAGAUGGAGGGGGAGAACCAGGAGCUGUACGGCUACGUUCAAGAUAACUUUGAAUUUCUGGACCACUUGGACUGCCUCAACGUCUCCUCUCAGGUGAACGAGUUCUCCGUCGAACCUCCGUCUUACUACGAUGAUGACUAUGAAGACAUGGAGCAAGCUCAGGCUUCCAAUCAUCCUCUGCCAGACCCCAAAGAAACACACCAGCUUAAGCCACACAGGCCAAUCAGCCUCGAUUUGGACAACAGACACACUAAAUCCCUCAGUUUGCCUUACAUGGUCUCACCUAUCAUUGAACCACAGGAUGGGUGGACAGGAGAGGAAUACUCUGAUGAAAGUGUUUGCAGUAGUGAUGAGGAUGAGAGCAUGUAUAUGAAAAGCCUUCCUGCCGAUUUCUUUCUAAACAAUCAUAGCGAGUUGGACACAGACAGUCUCGGUUUCAAUCGACUUUCAGAUGAUUCAAAAAGAAAAGCUGAGCCGUUGCAGACUGAAUCUUCUGCCUGUAAAGAGCCAACCGCUGGAAAUCAGAAGCAAGGAGAAGAGAAAGAUGAAGAAGAGGAAGAAGCUGAAGGAGAUAAAGAUGGACAGGAGAGAGAGGACGCAACGAAGAAGGAAGAGGAAGAGGAAGAUACAUUUAACCAGGGAGGACACCAACCAGAGGAGAAUAUGCAAAGCGGAGCGACAGAGGUAUACCUCAGCACUGUGACGGAUGCUCACUGCGACGAAGUAGAACCUCUCCCUUCAGAGUUUCCACCGCCGUUGGAUGACGACGCUGACGAAUUUAGCACUAUGGCUGACAUGAAGGUUGAAGAAGAAGGGAAGGAAGUGGUUGAUAAUCUUUACAGUGAUUAUCCACCUGGUGACGCAGAUUCUUGUGCUGAUGAUUCAGCCGAGUCCAGAGACUUUUCCGAAAUGGCAACAGAUCAGUUUGAUUCCUGUGUCACGGGGGAAAAGGAAGGGGGAGAGGAAGAGGAGGUAGAGGAGAUGGAGUUAGAUAAGGAGAUAGAGGACAUAUGUCAAGAAAGAGAAAGAAAGGAAAGCAGAUCUGAGACAGCUUUGGAUGUGGAAAUAAAAGAAAGCGGAGAGAUAGCUGACAAAAAACCUGAAGAAAAGAUGGAGGAGGAUCAAGGCAAAGAGCAGGACAAAACACUUUGUAGAACAAUCUCCAAUAUGUGGGAUGAACUUCAGGAGGUUGUGUGUGAAGUGAUUGAGGAUGAAGAAAGUACGCAGGGUGAGAGGAAGGGUGUCGAAGAAGGCGUCGACAGGGAGGUUAAUGUGGUAGAGGAUGUAGAUGAGACAGCAAUGGUUUCAGGAGAGAAAGUGGUUGAGGUUGAGGAAGAAAUGAUGAACAAAACAGAAGAUAAAAUAGACGUUGUGGAGGAACCGAGGGAGAUGACUCAAGAGAAGCACGCAGGGCGCAAGGACGCAGAGACGCAGCAAGAGUUUGAGGAAAAAGAGACUGACUUACCUAAGAAAAGUGAAUUAGUAGUAGUACUUAAUGAAGGAGCAAAGGAUCACGAACGAGAAGAAGUGGAACAAAAAGAGAACAAGGACAAAGCUAAUGAGCGCUCUGCAUUACCGCCGAGCGUUCACGAAAAGGAUAAACGACUAAAAGAGGUCAAGUCUGAUAUGAAAGAGUCAAAUGAGGGCAGGAAGUGGGAGGAGAGCCCAGGAGGAGUUGGAAGGAAGCUGGUCAUCACCAAACAAUCUCCAAUGAAAGUUUACCAAGUUAAAGCGGUGCCGGUCGUGCCGCCGAAGCCGCAACACUGCAAAAUGACCGCCCUGACCAUCCGGCAGCAGCAUGAACGAGAGAGGAGGGAGGCCGCCAAAGCCUCGACAGAAGGAGGAGAACAGAAGGAGAAAGACGGAGACGUGGAGACGGACGAGGGAAGGGGGAAAAAGGACCUGCUGGGGAUCCCAGACAAGGAGAGGAGGAGGGACGGGGACGAAGGCGCCACGAGGGACCCGGCGGCCAGAAACAGUCCCCUGAGCAUUUGUUUCGACGAGGCCGUUGCCAAAGCAACCAUGAGGCGAGAAAAGGAGAAAGAGUGCGAGAAGGAGAAGCAGAGGGGUAGUGAAGUGCAGUGAAGGGUUUUGUUUGAACUGUACAAACUAUUUUUUUUUUUUUACAGGCAGCAGAAACCGGCUGCAAGUGACCUAACUGAGGUUUUUCUUUUUAUCAACUGCAUUUACAACAACAGUAUUACCCGUCUAAUGUUACUUAAGAUGUUUAAGUGUUUCUCUGCUACGCACAAACUUAUUGUGCAAUCAGGAAAGUUUAAAUAAUUGCUGGAUUUUAGCUGUCAAAUACAAAAUAUAGCCUCCCUCAGAAACUGUAGAGUUGGGAUUAAAGGUAAAGUGCUGCUCCAACAUGUUAAGGAGGAAUUAUUUGACAAACUUCUGCCUUUUAAAAGCGUUCUACUCUUCUUCUUUUUUUACUCUUAUCAUCCUUAUAUGUCAUGCUCACUCUGAAGUGAAGAUGAAAAGUUGAGCCUUAGCCUAUAUCCAGUUCACUCCUCUGAACAUUGAUGGGCAUAAUUCCUGAAUUAUUAUCCCAUGCAAGUAUAUGUAUAUAUACAGUACAUGUAUAUAUAAAAGUGUCAAAGUUUAUUAUAUAAUAAUUGAAUAGCUGUAAGAGCUGUGAGGAUAAAUGGAAAUUUAGGAUAAAUAUAAUGCCUGCUAAAGUGCUGUGUUUUCAGAAUUAUGUG